AUGGACGACAAUUUCCAAAUUAAAGCCACCGCCAAUCGCCAGAACCACCGCUACAACGGCGGCGGAGAUGAUAACGAGGACGGUGAAGAAGAAGCGAGCUGCGACGUGGAAGCAUGGGGGAUUUUGAGCAAGGGCUUCAACGAGGUACAAACUUUGUUAAAUCAAAACCGUGUGUUGAUUCAACAGGUGAACGAGAAUCACCAGUCGAAGAUUCCUGAUAAUUUGGCGAAAAAUGUUGAUUUGAUUAAGGAAAUUAAUGGGAAUAUUUCGAAAGUACUCGGUCUUUACUCGAAUAUGUCUACGAAUUUUUCCAGCGUCAUCAGACUGCAGCCGGUAAUCUCCUCUGGCGAUGGGAAGAGUAUCACCAUUGAAAAUUAUAGCAACAAAGCAUUGGAGGAUGUUGAAUCUUGA